AUGGGCUACAUACAGAGUUCGGUCUUGGACAGAGCGCGUCCACGCGGCUCAGAGCAACAGCGUGCCGCCGCGGGAGCGCGCAGCCAUUCCUCCACAGCAGACUCACUCACACUCGGCUCCAACAUUCACCACAAACUCCUCCCAGCGCGUCCUGCCGCCGCAGACCUGGACCUACACCGCGUCCAGGAGGGGGACACUCUGGAAACUUGUGGAGCUCACGGCUUCUCCUCUGAAAAGUACCGCCGCCAAAGCCACGUCGCCUAA